UAGUAGCCAAACCGCCACCAUCGCUAUCGUCAACCGUCCCGCAGUCCAACUUCUCUGCACAUCCAAAUUCGCAUUCCCGUGCACUCACCCAUCCAUGCGCGCCUGCCAAUCGUGCCACAGCAACCACUGAGCAUCCGUCAUCACGAAGAGGAGUCCGCAGGCAGCCCCUCAACCCGUUUGCGCGCGUGCACACAGCCAAUAACGAGCAUGUCGCAGGAGGCCGGUCUGUGGAGUGUGCGACGACCGCGAGAGACCUUGGGUGGUCUCAACCCAAACUCGGCCAUCCCUCAGCCGCCAUCCGCCAUGAAGCGCUCCAGCACCGCGGCUGGCCUCAGCCAGAAUCAUGGCCGGUCCAUGUCAGGGUCUAGGCACUCCCUCGCCAUGAGCCGGCCAAGCCAACCGGUCUUUUCCCGCGCCUCUGUCGGUCCGAACAUGGCUGACGUCGGCAUGUCUGCGAUGAAGCGGCUCUCGACUCAGAAUGCGCCCGGGUCCGCGUUCAAGUCUUACGCGUCGGGCGGCAUACCAGGGCGCAGUUCCGAGGGUGAUCGCCGAAGCAGUGUCUACCGUGCUCGCCCGUCCAGCGCUGGGCCCAUGAGCCACCAGAGCUUUUUCCAACAAGGACCCCAGGCCGCCGGUGUUCCUCGAGAUCCUCGGCCACUGAAGGACCGGUCGUGGCAAGCACGCAUCGGUCAGGAAUUGCUCGACUUCCUUGCGCAACACAAUUUCGAGAUGGAGAUGAAGCACACCUUGUCCGCGAACAUCAUCAAGUCGCCAACGCAAAAAGACUUCAACUACAUGUUCCAAUGGCUAUACCACCGGAUCGAUCCGAGCUAUCGCUUUCUCAAGAACAUCGACCAGGAAGUCCCACCAAUCCUGAAGCAACUUCGAUACCCAUACGAAAGGAGCAUCACCAAAUCACAAAUUGCGGCUGUUGGUGGGCAAAACUGGAGCACGUUUCUCGGCCUGUUGCACUGGAUGAUGCAGUUGGCGCAAAUGCUCGAGGGAUUCGCCUUGCACCAGUACGACGAGGCUUGCGUGGAGAGCGGCGUUGACGUCAGUGGCGACCACAUCAUCUUCGAUUUUCUUAGUGCUGGCUAUCGUGACUGGCUCGCUAUGGACGAGGACGCAGGCGACGAUGACGCCGAGCAGGUACUUGCCCCACAUGUCGCAUCUAUGGCGAAGGCCUUCGAACGGUCAAAUGCCAAGUAUAACGACGAACUGGAGGCUUUAGAAGCCGAGAACGCCCGGCUUCUAAAAGAAAUCGAGGAUCUCGAAAAGUCUACGCCGGAUCCUCGCAUCCUUGACAACCAUUUCAAGAUCAUGGAGGAAGAUAAGGUCAAAUUUGAGGAGUAUAACGCCUUAGCUUUGGCCAGGUCCGAAAAGUACGAGAGCCGGAUCCAGAUGCUCCAAGAGGAAAUCGACAAGACAGAUGAGGAAUUGAAAGAAGCCGAGGAGGAGCGUCGGGGGCUACAAAAGGAGGUCGACGACCAGGGUAUCAGCAUGCAGGAUAUCGACCGUAUGACAUCCGAACGCGAAAGGCUACAGAAAGGCAUCGAGUCUGCUACGCAAAGACUGGAAGAGGUCAAGAAACGAGUCGCCGAGAAGGAAUUAGAAGCAAGCCGCAAGCUCGAAGAGCUUGAACGACUUGUGGACAAGUACAACACCGUCGCAUACCAAAUCGGGCUAAUUCCAGCAUCCGCGGUUAAUGCGAAAGGCUUCGCCUACGAGCUGGCAGUUACGGUGAACGAGUCCAACUUCUCCGGUUCCAUAGUCAAGGGAUCGUACUCGAACGUGGGGGAAAGCGAGCGAUUGCUUGUGGACCCAGUGACCGGAUACCAGCCAGCUCACGUCCUCAAUCUGGACCUGAGAGGAAAGAUUAAGAGCAACUUCCUCGCCCUUCGCAAGGAGAUUUCGGACCGGCGUUCUGAAGCCAUGGACAUCAUGAUGAAGGACCACGAUCUCCUCGACGGCAUUAAGGAGACGAUCGAGGACAAGAGGAAUGAGGUCGAGGCGCUCGAGCACAAAGUCAGAGCUGCCGAGGACGAGUACGAGAAGACCAAGGAGGUCACGACCACACAGAAGCUGGCCUCGGAUACCCAGAUCGAGAAGACGGAAAAGGAACUCGCCAAGAUGCGAGCACAGUUGACAGAGUCUGUCCAGCUGAUGGAACAAAGAGAGAUGAACACCAACAUCGAAUACGAACAGCUUACGCUGCGGGCCAACAGCUUGCGCGAAGAGCUGCACACCGAGAUUGAGAAGAUGCUCAACGACAUCAUCAAGUUCAAGGUGCAUAUCCAGAAGAAUCUCGAGGACUAUGAAGGGUUCGUUGCCGACGAGUUGGAGAGGGAGCUCGGCAGCGACGAGAUGCCCGAGGACACCCGAGGUCUCGAUGUGUAGAUGUCUGCCUGUCUGCACGACUGGCACCGCUUUCAUUGUCUGGAACCAGAGCGCGAUUGCCCUUGGACCUUCGGCGCACAUUAUUGCUUCUACAUGGUUACAUCUUUGUUACGACGUCAUGAACCGGUCUGCGAGGAGUUUUGAGGAGAUGGGAAGGACCUGGAUACCCCUUGAUACGGUUUUGGAGAACAUGAUUUAAGAUUAGCUCGGAACAAUGGAUAUUCAUGGCCGAGUCGAAUGAUUACUAUCUACUGGUCUGUCUGUCU